AACCAGUGUAGACGAAGGGGAGGGACUGAGACCGGUUAAUAAGGACUUUUUAGACUUGAGAGAUGGAUUGUCUAUGUGUGCCAUUCAGAUGGUGAACGGGCAAGACAUAAUAUUGAAGUGCCUUUUGAACGGAGUAUGAUAGUAGGUGCCUGGUGCACCGAUUUGUAUCAAUAACUGCAGAUCUGCUAGGUUUUUCCACGCUCAACAGUUUCCUGUGUAUCAAGAAUGGUCCACCACCCAAAGGACAUCCAGCCAACUUGACACAACUGUGGGAGUCACUGGAGUCCACAUGGGAGUCAGCAUCCCUGUACGACUCAAUAUUAGGAUGGCGUCCUUAAUGUUUUGAACACUCAAUGCCGUAGCGCCUGACAGUGCCAAGAAUAUAACUGCUCUGCUGCCUUGCGUUGGCAAGCUCUGUUCUGCUGGUUGUCAAUGACAACGUGAUGUACAGUAUGAUCCAAGUCCUCAUAAUAGUCACAUUGAAUGAUUGUCACAUUUACAGCCUUCGAUGGGAGGAGGAGUUUAACUGGUUGCUGAAAGAGGAGGUCCAUGCUGUUUUGAAGCAGCUCCAGGAUAUACUGAAGGAGGCAUCCAGGAGAUUCUCCAUUCCUACCCCAGGACUGGAGAACCAAUUGAAACAGGAGAACUUCAUCCUGGGCAGCUCAACCAUGGACCAGGUGAAAGGAGUACUGACUCUACAGGGAGAAGCCCUGACUCAAGCUGACAUCAAUCUGAAAACUGCUAAAAGCAACCAAGUGAUGCAUUUCACAUUCAGGGAUGAUAAGCACUGGAAACUACAACAGAUCCAGGAUGCUAGGAACCAUGUGAAUCAGGCUCUGCAGCUGCUGAGUGGUAGAGAUGAGAGCUACCACUUUAAGACUGGGGCUGAGGUCAACAAGCUGAUGGACGCGGUGAUGCUCCAGCUGACCAGGGCUCGUAACCGCCUCACCACUCCGGCAGCCAUGACCCUGCCGGAGCUGGCCACCAGCGGCCUCAUGAAAAUGUUCACUCCUCCAAUGCCAGGCGAUGUGAUGGUGAACUUCUAUAUCAACCUGAGUAAGCUGUGUCUGACUGUCUACCAGCUGCACGCAAUGCAGCCCAACACCACCAAGAACUUCAAGCCAUCUGGAAGCUCCGUGUUACACAACCCCGGAGCCAUGUUCGAGCUGAACAAUGCUAAGUUUGAGGUGAGCCAGGUUCACAAGGUGGAGUGUGUUGUCCCCUGGCUCAACAACACCCUGAUCUUCUUCACCAUCUCACUGCAGCUCUGUCAGCAGCUCAAGGACAAGAUUUCUGUCUUCUCUAGUUUCUGGAACUACCGACCGUUCUAACCUCCUGCAGCUAGCCGACCGUCAGAAUGCCUAGGGGUUCUAACCUCCUGCAGCUAGCUGACCGUCAGAAUGCCUAGGAGUUCUAAACAUCCUGCAGCUAGCUGACCGUCAGAAUGCCUAGGUGUUCUAACCUCCUGCAGCUAGCUGACCGUCAGAAUGCCUAGGGGUUCUAACCUCCUGCAGCUAGCUGAUCGUCAGAAUGCCUAGGGGUUCUAACCUCCUGCAGCUAGCUGACCGUCAGAAUGCCUAGGAGUUCUAACCUCCUGCUAGCUGACCGUCAGAAUGCCUAGGCGUUAGCUGACCGUCAGAAUGCCUAGGCGUUAGCUGACCGUCAGAAUGCCUAGGUGUUCUAACCCCCUGCAGCUAGCUGACCGUCAGAAUGCCUAGGUGUUCUAACCUCCUGCAGCUAGCUGACCGUCAGAAUGCCUAGGUGUUCUAACCUCCUGCAGCUAGCUGACCGUCAGAAUGCCUAGGUGUUCUAACCUCCUGCAGCUAGCUGACCGUCAGAAUACCUAGGUGUUCUAACCUCCUGCAGCUAGCUGACCGUCAGAAUACCUAGGUGUUCUAACCUCCUGCAGCUAGCUGACCGUCAGAAUGCCUAGGUGUUCUAACCUCCUGCAGCUAGCUGACUGUCAGAAUGCCUAGGUGUUCUAACCUCCUGCAGCUAGCUGACCGUCAGAAUACCUAGGUGUUCUAACCUCCUGCAGCUAGCUGACCGUCAGAAUGCCUAGGUGUUCUAACCUCCUGCAGCUAGCUGACCGUCAGAAUGCCUAGGUGUACUAACCUCCUGCAGUUAGCUGACCGUCAGAAUGCCUAGGGGUUCUGUCCAAAUCCUUCACACCAACCAACCCAGAUAAAAGGGAUGUCUUGAAAAUAUUGUCUGAAUUGAAGUGGGUUUUGUUUGUAUAAUUUACAGGAGAACAGCCGGAUCAAAGUCCAAAUACAUUACCAGUGUUUAGUAUUCCAGGGUUUUAGGGCCCAUCCAUGUGUUACAGCUGCUUUAAUUCAGUCCCAAAUCAAACCCUAACCCCUAGACUACACUCCCUACUUGUGAAGAAAGUAUAGGGCUAAGCAAUAUGGUGGGGCUACUACCAUGUUGCUAUAUCUAUCCAAUACAUUGUGUUUCCCCUAGAUGGGGGUCGUUAGCGCAAUGACUAGAAGUCUAUGGGAAUGAAUAUAGGGGAAACACUGCAUGACUAGAAGUCUAUGGGAAUGAAUAUAGGGGAAACACUGCAUGACUAGAAGUCUAUGGGAAUGAAUAUAGGGGGAAAUACUGCAUGACUAGAAGUCUAUGGGAAUGAAUAUAGGGGGAAAUACUGCAUGACUAGAAGUCUAUGGGAAUGAAUAUAGGGGAAACACUGCAUGACUAGAAGUCUAUGGGAAUGAAUAUAGGGGGAAACACUGCAUGACUAGAAGUCUAUGGGAAUGAAUAUAGGGGAAACACUGCAUGACUAGAAGUCUAUGGGAAUGAAUAUAGGGGAAACACUGCAUGACUAGAAGUCUAUGGGAAUGAAUAUAGGGGGAAACACUGCAUGACUAGAAGUCUAUGGGAAUGAAUAUAGGGGGAAUACUGCAUUCUGAUCUAGACAAGUAGGGACUAGGGGUUGAUUUAGGAUUGGGUGCAUGUAUCUCUCUGUGCGUCAUCUGUUGUAUAGUACUAACUAACUAGGACCUCCCUGUUGUAUAGUACUAACUAACUAGGACCUCCCUGUUGUAUAGUACUAACUAACUAGGACCUCCCUGUUGUAUAGUACUAACUAACUAGGACCUCCCUGUUGUAUAGUACUAACUAACUAGGACCUCCCUGUUGUAUAGUACUAACUAACUAGGACCUCCCUGUUGUAUAGUACUAACUAACUAGGACCUCCCUGUUGUAUAGUACUAACUAACUUGAACCUCCCUGUUGUAUAGUACUAACUAACUUGGUUGGACUUGUAUAGUACUAACUAACUUGGUUGGACCUCCCUGUUGUAUAGUACUAACUUGGUUGGACUUGUAUAGUACUAACUAGGACCUCGUUAUGAAUCAAUGGAUCAGCUUGUGUUGUUUUAGUCUGAAACACUUCUCUUGUUACUGAAUACUAACGUUCCUCCUUUCCACACACCCUUUUCACACUAUAAUAGCGACCAAAAGAUAUUUUAAAUUUUAAUUUAUGGUUUAUUUGGGUAGGGACCGAUACAAACGCAUCGUCUUCUCCUACACGGUUCCAGCAUCUACGGUUAAUGAGUAACCAGGCCAGCUUGGUUUGCUCAGCAGUGUGAAAAAGGUAUUGGAAACUAAAUUUGUCAAGCAGAUUGGUUUACCACAGUAGGACAUACUGUUAUUUUGUGUAGACUACACUACUCAGCAGUAGUAUGAGACAUGAAACACAGUGACUCUUCAGUGAAAUUAACUUGUAAGGUUUCUGACUCUAUAUUCCUUGGAAUGCCGCUUUUAUGUCAAGUGUAAAGGAAAACGGACAUUCCCAGCUUUUGAAAAGUAAACGUUCUCCUCAACAAUAAGCUGUUAUUCGUCAUUGUAUCAGUUCAUUUUAAUGUGUUGUUUUGCUAAUGAUUUUAUUUAUUCAAUUGUUUAAUUUUUGCACUUGUUACUUUGCCUUUUGUUGAUUCCCUGUGAAGUGAAGAUCCCAUUCCAAUGUCGAACAAAAAUCAUUAUUACUGCAAGUGUUUUAAAAACUGUUUAGAGAUGCGUACAAUGUAUAUGUUGUGGACCAUAUGAUCUAUUAUCUGUGCAAUAAAGAGGUGUUAUACUGGA